CGCGGCCCAGCGCGGCGGGCGGAGGAUGCAGACGCCGCGGCCAGCGAUGAGGAUGGAGGCCGGGGAAGCAGCGCCGCCGGCCGGGGUGGGCGGCCGCUCCGCGGGCGGCUGGGGCAAGUGGGUGCGGCUCAAUGUGGGGGGCACGGUGUUCCUGACCACCCGGCAGACGCUGUGCCGGGAGCAGAAGUCCUUCCUCAGCCGCCUGUGCCAAGGGGAAGAGCUGCAGUCGGACCGGGAUGAAACUGGGGCCUACCUCAUUGACCGGGACCCCACCUACUUUGGGCCCAUCCUGAACUUUCUCCGCCAUGGCAAACUGGUGCUGGACAAGGACAUGGCUGAGGAGGGAGUCCUGGAGGAAGCCGAGUUCUACAACAUCGGCCCGCUGAUCCGAAUCAUCAAAGACAGGAUGGAGGAGAAGGACUACACGGUGACCCAGGUGCCUCCCAAGCACGUGUACCGGGUGCUGCAGUGCCAGGAGGAGGAGCUCACGCAGAUGGUCUCCACCAUGUCCGAUGGCUGGCGCUUUGAGCAGCUGGUGAACAUCGGCUCCUCCUACACCUACGGCAGCGAGGACCAGGCCGAGUUCCUGUGUGUGGUGUCCAAGGAGCUGCACAGCUCCUCCCACGGUCUGAGCUCCGAGUCCAGCCGCAAAACUAAGAGCGCGGAGGAGCAGCUGGAGGAGCCGCAGCGGCAGGAGGAGGUGGAGGAGGUGGAGGUGGCACAGGUGCAGGUGGAGGCAGAUGCCCAGGAGAAAGCUAUUACAAGCCAGAGGCACCCGGAUGUGAACCCCCAGAUCACCUCCAGGGACUUGGGGUUCCGAUCUGAAAUCCUUUAUUUUUGUACCACGGGGCGGGCCCCUGGCCCGAGAAGGAAGAUGUGUUCUUUCCCCUGCCCCUCCUGCCUGCACCUGCUGGGCGGGGGCUCGCCCCUGCCCCCGGGGCUGGCCUGGGGGCUCCCCAGAACCCCCCCAGGCCUGGGGUGGACUGUGGGCGGAGCCACCCGCCCAUGGCCAAAGGGGGGCGCCGUCCAGCCGGGGCUCCCAGGCCCCUCGGCCCCCUCGCCCCAGGCCCCCUGCCGCACGGUGGACGAGCCCCCUCCCCGCCCGGUCACCUCUCCUCCGUGAGCCGUCUCCCCCCCGUCCAUUCCGGGCGUCUUCCUUGCCUCACCUACCUCACAGGGUUGUUGUGAGGGUACACAGAGGAGCAGAGUCCCCCGGAGCAGGGGCUCUCCCUUCCCCCCCCCCCCGGGGGGACACGGCCUUAGCCCCCACACAGGACACUUUGCUAAGGGAGACUCAGGUACUGGGGUGGCACUGCAGGACGCGGUCUGGGCGGCGCGAACCGGGGCAGGAGCCCCGCUCCCGGGGCAGGGGUGGUUGGAGGGGUGGGCAGGACCCUUGGGGGAGGGAGGAGAACACCACUCCUCCGCCCAGGGCAAGGCCUGGCUGUCAGGGGCACUGAGCGCGGCCCUCCUGUGUGAACCCCCCAGGACGGGGGCCUCUCCUCUCAGCUGUGCCCCCCACCCCCGCCCCAGCACUGAACGAAUAAACCUGAAGAA